CUUAAAUAUUCAGCUGCAAAAAAGCAGUAACGACAAUUUCCGAAAUGAAUGGAGUAGCCUUUUCUCUCUUGCGUUAUUUCUGAAGCAUUUUAUUAAUAUAUCAACGUAAAGGUUUAAUUCAAUAGGGUGGAAUUCUAUAGCUGCAAAUAUGGGUUCCUGUGCACUUUCAGCUUCGAUGUUUUCUCUGUGGUCAGUGAUGUUUUCUGUCUUUUGGAGUGGCAUUCACGGAGAUUUUACCUACACGGUUCCAGAAGAAACGAAACGUCAAUUUGUUUUUGGAAAUAUUGCAAAAGAUCUUGGACUCGCUGCUCACAGGUUAGCAGCACGAAGGGCCAGAAUAAAUUCAGAGGACAGCGGCAAACGUUAUGCUGAUGUUAACCUUAAAAAUGGAGAUCUCUUCGUGGCGGAAACAAUGGACAGGGAGAUGCUAUGCGGAUCGAGAACGAACUGUAUCUUAAACUAUGAGUUUGUUUUAGCAAAUCCAUUGGAAGUUCACCGCAUUUCUCUUGUAAUUGAGGAUGUUAAUGAUAAUGCGCCAAAAUUCCUUAACGAACGGAUUACAUUUGAAAUUCAAGAGUCAGCAUCGAAAGGGCAGCGUUUCCGUUUGGACGAAGCUCACGACUCUGAUCUCGGGCACAACGGAGUAAACGGCUAUUCGCUGGAAAAGAACGAUCAUUUUAUUUUGUCUGUUCAGGGCAGCUCGGAGAAAGGGAAAUAUGCAGAGCUUGUAUUGGAAAAAGAGCUGGAUCGUGAAGAGCAGAAGGACAUUGAAUUGUUACUGACUGCCUUUGAUGGUGGUAACCCUCAGAGGUCCGGGACUGCCGUUAUACACAUCACCGUGCUGGAUGCUAACGAUAAUAGUCCAGUGUUUAGUCGGCCUCUGUAUAAAGUGACUUUGGUUGAAAACUCACCUUUAGGAACUGAAGUUGUGACAGUAAGUGCAACAGAUGCUGAUGAAGGAGCGAAUGGAGCAGUCUUAUAUGAAUUCAGUCGCAUUGCUGAUAAUGCAGCUCAGUUAUUUACGAUUGAUAAGGUAACUGGACAAAUUACGGUGACUGGACAUAUAGACUACGAAGUGGAGAAAUAUUACGAAAUUAAAGUGCAGGCCAAGGAUGGAUCUGGCUUAGCAUCUACCGCAAGUGUUGUUAUUGAUAUCAUUGAUAUAAAUGACAAUGCUCCUAAAAUCAUUCUUACAUCUUUAAGCAACCCUAUUGCUGAGAAUGCUGUUGUAGGCACUGAGGUGGCAAUUAUCAAUGUUCAAGAUAAAGACGCAGGAGAUAAUCGACAGAUCCGUUGCUCAAUUCAGCAAAAUGUGCCUUUUAAACUGAAUCCAUCCAUUAAGAACUAUUUUUCCUUGGAAACAACAAGACCCCUGGAUCGAGAAACUGAAGCGGAUUAUAAUAUAACCAUUACUGCUACUGAUGAAGGCUCUCCACCUUUAUCAUCUUUUAAGACUAUUCAUUUAUCUAUUUCAGAUGUCAAUGACAACUCUCCAUCAUUUGAACAGCUAUCUCACAGUGCAUAUGUAGCUGAAAAUAACAAACCUGGCAUCUCUAUUUGCUCUGUUGCUGCAAGAGAUCCAGACUGGAGGCAGAAUGGUACAGUUCUGUAUUCUCUGGUGUCCAGUGAAGUCAAUGGUGUUCCAGUGUCCUCAUUUUUAUCUGUUAAUGCAGACACAGGAGUGAUCCAUGCUGUGAGGUCAUUUGAUUAUGAACAAUUCAGAAGCUUCAAAGUCCAGGUUGUAGCCAGAGACAACGGUUCUCCUCCACUCAGCAGCAACACGACUGUGAGUGUGUUCAUAUCAGAUGAGAAUGAUAACUCUCCACAGAUAUUAUACCCUGCUCCAGAAGGAAAGUCAUUAAUGACUGAGAUGGUCCCUAAAGCUGCUCUGUCAGGCUCUCUGGUCUCCAAGGUGAUCGCGGUGGAUGCUGACUCUGGACAGAAUGCAUGGUUGUCAUAUCACAUUAUAAAGUCUAGUGAUGCAGGACUUUUCACUAUUGGUCUCCACACUGGAGAGAUCAGGGCACAGCGGGACAUCACUGAAUCUGACAACAUGAAGCAGAACCUUGUUAUUUCAGUGAAAGAUAACGGACAGCCCUCUCUUUCUACAACCUGUUCUGUGUAUUUAAUUAUUUCUGAUAAUCUCGCUGAAGUUCCAGAAUUUAAAGACAUGACUUCUGAAGAGAACAACUCCAAUCUCACAUCAUAUUUGAUCAUCGCACUUGUUUCAGUGUCCACCUUCUUUCUGACUUUCAUAAUUCUGAUUCUGGCUGUGAGGUUUUGUCACAGGAGAAAGCCCAGACUGUUAUUUGAUGGAGCAGUCGCCAUUCCCAGUGCAUAUCUCCCUCCCAACUACGCAGACGUUGAUGGAACUGGAACAAUGCGCAGUUCUUAUAAUUAUGAUGCGUAUCUAACAACAGGAUCACGCACCAGUGACUUUAAGUUCGUGAGAUCUUACAAUGACAACACACUUCCUGCCGGGGGAACUUUGAAACUACACCAAAAUGAUCCUUUUGGAGCGAGUGUGAUCACUUUAAACACCACAGGGGAUGAAGAGGUAAGAAUAGCCUAAUUUAUGUUUCCUGACACGGAAGUGUGUC